AUGUUGAUAACUGUCAAGGAAGCUUCUUCUUCUUCUCCCCUCGGUUUCUGGCUUAAUCGUCUCAAAGCAAAACCCUCUCAAAAGUUCAAAACACCAAUUUGUCAAGCCAGUUUCUCUGUCCAAAGAAAACCCACCCAUUCAUGGAAUACUCGGCAUCUCUCUACCAGCAGUGAUGUAGCAAAUUUUGAUCCCUUGGGUAUUAACUCAGAUUUACCUUCUGCUCUCAAUUCUACCUGGGACAAUCUGGUGUGCUUGUUUACACAAACAUUUGAGAGUACUUCAAGUGCAGAAAAGGGAAAACCUAACGCUUCACAAGGGGUGGCAGCUGCAAUAGAGGAUAGUUCAAUAGAUUUUGGGGACUUUUUUAAAGGUCCACUGCCUGGGAAGUUUCUCAAACUUUUAGGAUUUCUUGCCUUGUCACGGCUCGGAGUUUACAUACCCCUAGGUGGAGUUAAUAGGGAGGCUUUUGUUGGAAAUUUGGAUCAAAACAGUUUAUUAAGCACUUUGGACUCGUUUUCUGGUGGUGGUAUUGGUAGACUUGGAGUAUGCUCCCUUGGUAUUGUUCCCUUCAUCAAUGCGCAGAUUGUUUUCCAGCUUCUUGCACAAAUAUAUCCCAAAUUGCAAGAUCUUCAAAAGAGAGAAGGUGAGGCUGGAAGAAAGAAAGUUCUGCAGUACACUCGAUAUGCUUCAGUUGGAUUUGCCAUUGUACAGGCAAUUGGCCAAGUUCUUUACCUACGUCCCUAUGUAAAUGACUUUUCUGUAGAGUGGGUUCUUUCUUCUGUUAUCUUAUUGACUCUUGGCUCUGUGUUUACAACAUACAUCGGGGAACGAAUUACCGACCUAAAACUAGGGAAUGGCACCUCUCUUUUGAUAUUCACAAACAUUAUAUCCUACUUGCCAGCUUCUUUUGGUAGGACAAUUGCACAAGCAUUUAAUGAUGCCAACUACGUUGGACUUGCUACCAUUAUUGUGUCCUUCCUUUUGUUGGUAGUUGGUAUUGUUUAUGUUCAGGAAGCAGAGAGAAAAAUCCCUAUUAACUAUGCUUCUAGAUUCACCACCAGAAGCACUGGACUUGAAAAGUCUGCUUACCUACCCUUUAAGGUAAAUAGUUCUGGAGUAAUGCCUAUCAUCUUUUCUACGUCAUCAUUAGCUCUUCCUGGUACUUUAGCACGCUUCACUGGUUUAGCUGCUUUAAAGAAGGCUGCAGUGGCAUUAAAUCCAGGAGGUUCCUUCUACCUUCCAUUUAACAUACUUUUGAUAGCCUUCUUCAACUACUAUUACACUUUCCUUCAACUGGACCCUGAUGAUGUGAGUGAACAACUGAAACGUCAAGGUGCUUCAAUUCCACUUGUCAGACCAGGCAGAAGUACAGCUACAUUUAUCAAAACAGUUCUUGGUAGAAUAUCAGUUCUGGGUUCAACAUUUUUGGCUAUCUUGGCAGCUGGUCCAGCGGUUGUAGAACAGAUCACUCACUUGACUGCAUUUCGGGGAUUUGCAGGAACAUCUGUUCUUAUUCUUGUUGGUUGUGCAACAGAUACGGCAAGAAAAGUUCAAGCUGAGAUUAUAUCCCAAAAGUACAAGAACAUAGAGUUCUAUGAUUUUGAUAAAUAUUGA